GCUUGGCCUAUGCCUGACAUUUCCCUGCCCCUGCAACUUUGUUUAUGCAGGAAAGAUCCACACCCCGAUGGAGUAUAAGGGGGAACUAGCCUCCUACGAUAUGCGACUGAGGCGUAAGUUGGACUUGUUUGCCAACGUAGUCCAUGUGAAGUCACUUCCUGGGUACGUGACUCGACACAACAAUCUAGAUCUGGUGAUCAUUCGAGAGCAGACCGAAGGGGAGUACAGCUCUCUGGAACAUGAGAGUGCAAGGGGCGUGAUUGAGUGCUUGAAGAUUGUCACUCGAACCAAAUCUCAGCGGAUUGCAAAGUUCGCCUUUGACUAUGCCACUAAGAAGGGGCGGGACAAGGUCACGGCUGUCCACAAGGCCAACAUCAUGAAACUUGGGGAUGGGUUGUUCCUGCAGUGCUGUGAGGAAGUUGCUGAACUAUACCCCAAAAUCAAGUUUGAGACAAUGAUCAUAGACAACUGCUGCAUGCAGCUGGUGCAGAAUCCUUACCAGUUUGAUGUUCUGGUGAUGCCCAAUCUCUAUGGAAACAUUAUUGACAAUCUGGCUGCUGGCCUGGUUGGGGGAGCUGGUGUGGUCCCUGGGGAGAGCUACAGUGCAGAGUAUGCAGUCUUUGAAAUGGGUGCCCGGCACCCAUUUGCCCAGGCAGUGGGUAGGAAUAUAGCCAACCCCACAGCCAUGCUGCUGUCAGCUUCCAACAUGCUACGGCACCUCAAUCUAGAGUAUCACUCCAACAUGAUUGCAGAUGCAGUGAAGAAGGUGAUCAAAGUUGGCAAGGUGCGGACACGAGACAUGGGCGGCUACAGCACCACAACCGACUUCAUCAAGUCUGUCAUCGGCCACCUGCACCCCUAUGGGGGCUAGAGCCCUUUAUUCCCUCCAACCUCAUGAGGACCAUACCACCUACACUUCCCUUCAGUUCAGUGGACCAGACAAGAGCCAUUAAACCUGCAGACCAUGAUCACCUGGGCAGAGCCUAGGUUGUCCUGGGGCUGGCUUCCUUAAGGGACUAUGUUAUAUCAGGGGAGGGUUAGGGAUGGGCCCAGGCCACAGGGAUGACGACAAUUCUCCCCCACAGGUUCGAACUCCUGACAUGGGUGGCUAUGCCACCUGCCGCGACUUCACUGAGGCUGUCAUUGAUGCCCUGUCCCACCCAUAGGUCCCACCCACAUGUGUAAAGGUGUCCAAUAAA